UAAUACGAUCUUUAUAGAUAGUGAAAUCAUAAUGCCUCCUCAACAAAAUUUUAUAAUAACUUUUGCUUAUAUCUUGUACAUAAUGUUUAUUUUUCUUUUACUAUUCUUUUAUCAGACUCGAAAUGGUUUCUUUAAUCGCACUAACAUUAAUGAAGCAGUUCGUCUUGCUAGGGUAUAAAAGGCGAAAAAUUUACUAACAAAAUAUCAACAUGCGAACCUCGUGUACUUCUUCAACCUCUGCUUUUACUCAAUGGAGGGAAAAACGUCCGGAUUUCGAUUCUAAGCCGACCACGCCUUGCCUUAAAAAAACAUCCCUUGUUAGUUUACUUUGUCAAUUCAAUGGAGGGUGUACUCCUGAAACUCUACACUGUGAAAUGCGUAAAAGAACAGAAGAAAAUUUAAAAUAUAUUCAGCAACUUUCUGGAAUGACAGAAGAAGAUGUUAUUUCAGCGGGAAUUGGACAAAAACUCUUGAUGGAUGGAUACGCUCCAAUGAAAAACAAAGGACUUAUAACAAACCAUUUAAAUAAAUUUCAGAUGGAGUUGUAUCCAUGUAAGCUUACAAAAGUGGGCGCUGACCGUGUAUUUGCACUUAGAGGAUAUCUUCGAGUUACAAUCAGGCAGUACUUCUACGUUCGUCAUCGAAUAAACCUUUAUCUUCCACGCCUUCCUGUUCUGUGUGUGUUUGGAGGAAAAAAUCAUCAAUAUUUUUAUCCACUUGAAUGUAUAGAUGUUGUUUCGAAUGAAGAAUAGAUAAAUUUAAUUUUAUGAUUAGUCUCGUUUUAUAAUUGUCUUUUUCAUUGUUGAUAAAUUUGAGUAUUUGUUACUUGAUUAUAACUUAACAUAAGUUAAACCAUGAGUUUAUUACAUAAGCAAUAAUUUUUAGUUGCUAAAUUUUUUAUAUCCUUAUUAUAAUUGAGAUUUCUAAUGUUAGAAUGAACUUUCGACUGCUACGAAAAUGGUCUCCUCAAAAAUCCACAAAAUUGUCUCUAAGUUUUGUAUUUUGUCUGUUCCUUGUUGUGCCCCUCGCCCCUUUAGGUUUU